AUGCUUAUAAAGGAUGCCGGUGCGCCUGCUAGAUCCACUGAAAAAUGGUUAAUAAUGUCUAAGGAUUCUGGUACAUUUGGAAAGUCCGGUGAUAGUGAAGAAAAAUCAGGGAGUGAUGAUGAAACAUCUGCUAUGUAUUCACAAAUGGGUAGCACUACUGUAAGUAUCCCAACAUCUAUUCUUGAUCAUGGACCUUUAACACUACAAUCCACACAGAACAAUUGUGCUUGUUGUGGCAGAAAAUUGACUCAGGAUGAGAUCCAAGCUACUUUGUCCAAAAAUAACCCGUCUCUAUGUUGCUGUAAAGGAUAUAAUAACCAAGCUUACCAAACCCAUCCAAUGUGGAGUUGCUUUUAUCAUAACCAAGCCUAUAAUAACAAUAAUUACUAUAAUAACAACAGGGCAAUGUUUCAAAAGUCCAAAACAUAUUGCAAAAGGUGCAGAGAAAAGUUGCUUGAAACUGUGAAGAAACAGAGACAUGGAACUGCAUAUACGUUGAUUUUAGAGGAAAAAAUGAAUUGGAAAUGA